AUGAUCAAUACCACUUCCAAACAUGAGAAAAAGUGCCCAUUAUUCGAAAUUUUUGAAGUUAUCACUGCUUAAUAGCUGACAGUUGAAAAAAUCUAAAUAAUAAAUGGCGAUUUGAUACUUGGAUUUUCAAAAUCCGAAUAACAUGUGAAAAUUUGGAGUGUUUCAAAGAGAUAGGCUGUGUUUGAACAUUUUUUUGAUUAAAAGAAAGUGAAUGAAUUGUUGAUUAUAUAAAAUUAAAAUGAUUUGGUAGCUUUUGGUUUUUUGGAUAAAUAGGUGUAAAUUUGGAGUAUAAAAACGCAAAAUGGAUUCUCUUUGUAGUAUGAAUUAAGCUAUGAAUAAUAGAUUCGGAAGAUUAAGCUAUCCAAUAAUGCUUUUUAAUUUGGAAUAUUGCAUAAUAAUGAAUAAAUUAGAUAAUUAAGUAAAGGUUAAUUGUCAUCUAAUAUUCUCUAUUAAUCUUAAUAGCACAUUGAAGAUUAUUGCUUUUUUUAAAAUUAAACUUUCCUUGCCAUCAUGUAAAAGGGAGGGUUUGUUUUAAUAUUUUCGAUAAAAUCUCAAAAAAUAAUAAAGCUAAUGUACUAUCGAUGGUAUAGAUAAGGACUAAAUCAUUGUGACUUAGGCAAAAGAUUAUUCAAUAAAGCUAUGGAACAUGAGAAGUUAUAGUUUGUUGAGAGUGAUAGAUUCUAGAAAAAUGUCAUUAUCUUAGUAUGA